AUGACUAUGGAGACUUUACACGAAACCACAGAUUUGAAUAUUCUCACGGACGAGUUGCGACGUUUAAUUGUGGGCCGCGAUAUUCCCCUUCCCAGAAACGAUAACGAUGAUCUGAAGAUCAAGUUCCAAUAUAUGGAUGAGAGGGGCGCCAUCAAUCUCCAACGUCCUCCCAAGUACUCGUAUCUGCAAGAGUAUUUCGAACGGAGAUUCAAAUUACAAUUGAAUAUAUAUUACACAACGUCCAGCAAGGAGUUGAUGAUUCAGAUAAGAUCUCAGCCAGACCUGGAACACGUGGUGGCAUUGCAUGAGAGGAACAACAAGAAAGGAAGGCUGAAGUUGAUCUUGGCCAAGAAACGAGAUCAGGACCAGUUUUAUAUCCCCCCUCAGGGCAUCUAUCAUGGAGUCCAAGAGACGGCCUUGUCUGAGACAUCUUCGGUCUUCUCAACUGGCUCCACUUCCUACAAUCACUACGGAAAUAACAGUAGAUUAGGAGAAGAAGAGUACAAUCGAAUAGGAACUCCAUUAGCACCUUCUCAAUGGAGAGAAAGCAGAUGUUUGGGACGAGGGAGCUUCGGAACUGUGUACGUUUGUCUGAAUGUCGAUACGAAUGAACAAUUGGUCGUGAAGAAAAUUCAGUUUGGAACCAAUUUGAGGCAUCGUAACAGACGAUUGGCCUCCUUGGAGAAUGAGGUGAACUUGCUGAGUACUCUCAGACAUCCCCAUGUCGUUCAAUACCAUGGAUGCGCAAAACUGCAGGACUGUUUUUGCAUUUUCAUGGAGUUCAUGACGGGAGGAACUCUCAAAGAGCAGGUUGGAAUUAUUCGAAUAUUUUUUAAAUGAGAUCAUGGCAUUAUUUUCACCUUUUUAUAAGAGGUUUAUUUUAGAUAACCGAAAUGGGAGCUUUAAACCAAAACUUCACCAUCGACUUCACCGCCCAGAUCCUGAGUGGCCUGGCCUAUCUCCAUGGCCGUAAUAUCAUCCACCGAGAUAUAAAAUCGGCCAAUAUUCUUCGUCAUACCAGAGCUCUAGUAAAGAUCGCUGACUUUGGAUCUGCAAUGUAUUUGCAAGCAAUAUGCAGUGAGAAUGGGGUAGAUAUUCAUGGAACUCCUCAUUACACCGCCCCUGAGAUCAUUCUAAACACACGACGGUACGAUCAGUCAUCUGAUAUUUGGAGUUUAGGUAGGAGAUUACUGUAGUUUAUAGUCAUCAUGUGUCUAGGAAUAUGUGUGGUGGAGAUGCUGACCACCAAAACUCCAUGGCAUGAUGUAGAUCCUUCAGCUGUCCAUAUAAAGAUUGGAUAUGAGGCCUUGGAUCUUAAAUUACCUCCUCGGAUCAAUGCGAACUUGGAGUUGGCUAUCUUGAAGAUGUUGGACAAGACGCCAGAGAGUCGACCGUCCGCCGAAGCACUACUAAAAAUGGCUCCAUUCAGUUCGAUUGAGGCCUAA